AAGAUGGCUGAGCAUCCAUGGCCCGUGCACGGUCGUGGUGCCUGUUUGCCUGGCUGCCAAAGCUUUCRGAUGAUCCUCYUCUCCCGCUCUCUCCUWCUUCAAUCCCUUGCUUGUGUUCUGCUGCUUCCGAUGACUUCUAUGCGGGUUAAUGGCGCCGUUUUUAAACGACCGGUCCUUGGCCAAUGGUCUUCGGCUGCCAAUGCUGCAGAGCCGGGAGACAGCCGAGCACGUCUCCUCGGCCAGCAGGUCAGGGGCAGUAUGGCGAUGGUGUCAACCRCGCUGCCUUCCUCGCCACAAGUUUUUGAGGCGGAAGCGAGCAUGWCUCUGCUACAACCCGAGUUCUUCCUACCGAGCAACCGGAGCGUACUGCCUCCCAUUGUCGUUCAUACCCCUUCUCCAGACUUUCAGACGACGGCUUCUGGGAGGGCGUGCGGAUCUAUCAUUCGCGACUUCACGUUUCAUCCUACCGAUAACCAGAUGUGUUUCAUUCUUGACGAGUUCUGUACAAGUAAAGAGGAAGAUGCAGUUGUAAAUCGGCGCUCGGCGACCAGUGUACAGGUGGUCGCCAGAUACAGUGCCGGCGGGUUGUGGGGAUUGGCGCUUCGCCAAGCGGGCAGCGAACUAAGUCUGUUCGUGGGAGCGGACGAUGGUUCCGUGUUCGAGCUGAAAAUCAACAAUUCGCAGCUCCACUCUCGCGCGCCUACUCCUCCCGUCGUCGAUCAGUCCGCCUUCCCAGCUUCCUCGGAUAUGCCUUCAUCUUGGGAUAAGCUUUCAUCUUCAGAACCUUUCCCCUGGCCUUCAGGAUCUUCGGCGCCUGCUCCUCCUCCUUCUGGCCCUUCGCCUUCAGGACCUUCGGCGGUUGUCCCCACCUCCCAAGGAACUAAUUUAGGUCUCGCGGUCGGGCUGCCCGUGUCGAUCUCAGCCUUCCUGGCGCUUGCCACGUGCCUUAUUGUCCUUGUGUACAGAGCGCGCCGGAAUGGAGGGAAACGGGGGCAGGCUAAAUCAUCGCCGAAUGCAACUGGUAGCUCAACCGUCGAGAUUGGACGUACCACCAAUGGCACUAGGGAGGGGGUUGCAUGCCAGGAGGGCGGGAGAGGUGGGGGASUUCAACCCUUGCAAGUCAGACGAUUCUCGCUGGCAGCUCUGCAGCAUUGCACAGGAAAMUUCAGCAAGAAAUAUCGCAUCGGGGASAGUGGGGCGUUCGGAGAUGUGUACUGGGGCUCUAUCGACGAUCAGGAUUUGGCCAUCAAGGUGAUGACGGGGGAUCUGACGGAGGGAAAGAGAAGCAUGUUCCUGGCAGAAGUGAACACGUUGAGCAGACUCCAUCAUUCCAACCUUAUCGAACUGGUGGGAUUCUGUGACGAGGGGAGUCGGUCGAUCUUGGUGUACCCCUACUUCCAGGGAGGAAGUCUGUACGCUCGCCUGCACCACAGAGAGAAGGCAGUUCCUGGAAGACCUCGUCUCCCUCCUCUGACACUCGUUGAGCGGAUUUGUAUCGCCUGGCAGAUUGCCAGGGGSCUCAGUUACCUUCACGGGGGAGCCGAUCCGCCAGUCAUUCACCGCGACAUCWAGAGCAGCAACGUCCUUCUUGGUGAUGGCGCUGGGGAGAAGCUGCGCGUCGCGCUCGCGGAUUUCGGACUAGCGACCAUCGGAGAAAGAGUGUUUGGCGGGACAACACGCCUCACGGCGGUGAAGACGUCCCACAUGGGCGGGACGUUCGGGUACAUGGCGCCGGAGUACGUGAUGAGCGGAAUCCUGUCGGAGAAGAUCGACGUGUACGCUUUUGGCGUGAUCCUUCUGGAACUGCUCACGGGGCGAAAGGCGGCCACGGAGGCGCCGUCCGGUAACGGAUCAUGGCAAACGUUAGCGGACUGGGCGAUGCCGUUCUUGCGAAGCGAAUUUAUUGCUGGUGGAGGGAUGCCGCAUGCAAUUCUGGACUCCUGCUUGCGUGACGAGGUGGCAGGGCGCGCAUUCCAGCAGAUGACGAUGGAGGCACUGCGUUUAGCGAGCAACUGUUUGAUGAUGGAGGCUGCUGCGAGGCCAAGGAUGAGCGAGCUAUCGACGAGGCUUGAGGAUCUGUUAGUUGAAGCUCAUGUCAAUAGACGGAGGGUAUGAACGUCUUGCACAUACGGCAUGGACGUGUGGCAUGUUCUCGCUAGCGGAUGCAGAGGGAACCGCAGCAGAGACGCUGACUGAAUAUUGUAUGCAAAUGGGGGAAGGAAAAGUGAUAGGUAGCAGACGGAGGUAGUUGGCUAACUGGACGAGGACGGAGAGAGCACGGAGAGCUAAUACUGUAUAAUUCAUACAUAACGGCUGAUAACCGUUGCCGUUCGACAAAUUAGUGUCUUCCUGGACGCUCGAUGAAUCCAUAGAUCGAUCGAUCGAUCCAUCUAGAGAGAGAGAGAGAGAGAGAGAGAGAGAGAGAGAGAGAGAGAGAGAGAGUUUUUCUAUCUAGGUCGCAAAAGCAGAAGGGUAAUUCAGAUAAAUAAAGUCGAAAGUA